AGUCCAAACUCUACCAUCCUUGGCACUCGACAAUACUAAGCGAAAGUUGGCGCGCAAUUGUGGACAUAUUGCCUAUUGCAGUAAGAGCAAGAGAGAGAAAAAAUGGAGGAUGAAGAAAUGAAGAAGCUACUAAGCAUGGGGUUCUCUGAAGAACUCGCUACCCAAGCUUUAGCUGCUACAGGCGGUCAAUCUACCCUUAAAGCCACUGAAUGGAUUCUCUCUCUUCCUGAAUCAACCCCUAAAACCCUCCUUAAACCCUCUCAAAUCCCUCAAAUUCUCUCUCCUCAAUCUCAACCUAAACUCAACAAAUUCUUCCCUUCUCAUUCUUUCAAACACCCAAUUUCUCAAUCUCAACAAAACCCACAAAUUUCUCUCCCUCAAAAACGUCCCAAAUUAGUUCUUCAUGACACUAUCAAAUCUUCUGAACCCUUGUCCGAGCGAAUGCGGCCUCGAAUUGUUGAUGAUAUAGUUGGCCAAGAUCAUAUUCUAGGACCCAAAUCAUUUCUCACAUAUGCUAUCAAAUGCAACCGUUUACCAUCAAUUAUACUAUGGGGACCACCUGGCACUGGCAAGACCUCCAUUGCUAGGGCCCUUGUUAACUCAUGUUCUUCAUCCUAUAAGUUUGUUUCGCUUUCGGCGGUUUAUUCGGGUGUUAAGGAUGUGAGGGAAGCUGUGGAGGGUGCUAGGAAGUUGAGGGAUAGUAAAAGGACUGUGCUUUUUGUUGAUGAAGUUCAUAGGUUUAAUAAGUCUCAACAGGAUUCUUUCUUGCCUGUUAUUGAGGAUGGUAGUAUUGUGUUUAUUGGUGCUACUACUGAGAACCCUUCUUUUCAUUUGGUUACCCCUUUGUUGUCUAGGUGUAGGGUACUUACACUUAAUCCAUUGCAACCUUUUGAUAUUGGUAAGUUGUUGGAAAGGGCAGUUGAUGAUUUGGAAAAAGGUUUGUCAUUGAGUGUUGGAGGGAAGGUUGAGGUUGAGAACGAAGCGAUUGAGCUUUUGUCUUCACAGUGUGAUGGGGAUGCUAGGGUUGCUUUGAAUGCUCUUGAAGUUUGUGCUACCACGGCAUUGGGUCGUGUUCAGGGUAAAGUUCAAUCUUUAGAGGAAACUCAAAGUGGGUGUUCUUCGUCAGAUAAUGUGGUGGUUGUUAAUGUGGAUGAUGUGAAAGAAGUUCUGCAAGGUAAGCAUCUUGCUUAUGAUAAGGCAGGGGAAGAGCAUUACAACUUGAUUAGUGCAUUGAUUAAGUCGAUGAGGGGGAGUGACGCAAAUGCAGCUAUAUAUUGGCUUGCUAGGAUGUUAGAAGGAGGGGAACAACCUCUCUUCAUAGCUAGGAGAUUGGUUGUGUUUGCAAGUGAGGAUGUUGGAUUGGCAGACCCUAAUGCACUGUCGCAAGCUGUCGCUUGCUAUCAGGCUUGCCAUUUUAUCGGGAUGCCUGAGUGUAGGCUGAAUCUUGCUCAAUGUGUGGCUUAUUUAGCUUUGGCUCCAAAGUCGGUGGCUGUUUACAAUGCGAUCAACGAGGCGAUGAAGAUGGUGAAGAACUCAGUUGGCGGGAAUGAAGGGGUGCCCUUGCAUCUCAGGAAUGCACCAACUAAGCUAAUGGGAGAGCUUGGAUACGGAAAGGGCUACAUUUAUACCCCUGACAAUCCUACAGCAGAACAGACUUUUCUACCACCAUCACUCCUAGGUAGAAAGUUUCUCCAAUGGCCACCUAAGGAUGCCUCAUGAGCUAUCCAGAACAUUGAUCUUUUGUUAGACACAUUUGAUCUUAGUUGAAGUCAUUAGGUUUUAUGGUUAGGUACACUUUUUGUUGCUCAAUGGUAUAUCCCUGCAGCAAAUUUUGUUUCCAUGUGUGUAUAUUAGUUGGAUACUCUCUUUUUUGGUUGCAUCACAUUGUGAUAUAUACUUCAUGUUGAAAGGAA